GUUGAGAUCUGUUGUUCAGUGCUCAACGAGAAGACCACGGAGGAGAAGAAAUAUUGUACUAUUGCUCAAUGAGGGCGGGCCGAGAUCAUUGAAUUCAAACGAGUAAACUCGCAUGAUGGUGAAUAAAAAUCUGCGGGAGCCGCUCGCGCAGAUUGCACAAUGAGGAAUGCCUGUAGCUGAGAGAUCUGUAGCUGAGAGAUCCGUAGCUGAGAGAUCACAAGAGCAGAGAGACAGGAUCACUUCGAAUGACGGAAUUUGUACGUUGACGAAGUUGGAUUAAACAAGUAAAUCAGUUCGGAUGAAGCAAUGAAUAAGGCAGAAACUGAGUAGAGAAGAAGUACCCGCAGUGAUCGGUCUAGCAUAGCUUAGGAACUGGGAUUCAGCGUAGUGCCACCAGCUCUAGGUCGUAGUAUAGUUUUUGGCUUUUCAGCAGCCAGUUAUGUCCGCUAGUUUUCCUGGUGGGCCCACACCCAACCUAACCUCUCUCUGCUAAGAAACAAGAAGGAAAAAGUGAAGAUCUUCUCUACUCGUGCUUCUCUUGUCGUGGUCGCAGCUGCUACAACUAGUGUAGCUCUAGCAGCUGCGUCUGAAGCUGGUGGUUCUGGCUGAGAGCAGGUCACUCAUCCACUCAUGUUUUCUAGCUUUCUUGCCGAGAGGCCCAACGCCGGACCGGACUUGCCGGAGAGGGCGCUCAUUACGGCCACGCGAGAGAUUACGCCCCACUGCUGUCGUCCCUGCUAAUUUCCAGCAACUGCCUGAUAAAGUUUUGCGAAAGCCGGUUUUCGGAAUUUCCGGGACAAUCGUAUCAAGACUAAGAAGGAUAUGAGUAAGGGUUUACUCAAAAGUCUCACAGCGUUGCAAGUGCUGCCUCUCGAACCAAAGAAAAGUAACUCAUGGAGCAGACGCAAGCGAAAUGCAAGCAAAGGUUGUGAAUCCUGAUCCUGAGAUAGAUCGCCUCGCUACGCCGAUCCUUCCGGCAAUCGAUGGGUAUCCCGAGAUCCGAGUGGCGAACUUGACGCUAAUGUCUGACGACAACAUGGAAACAUUGGGAGUUGUACAACUCGGGCCCAACAAUACCUUGUACUUCAUGAAGAGAUCCCAAUCAGCGAAGGACAACGUGGCGUCUUCAUCAGUCUUUCUUGGUAGAGCCGUGAAUACAUUAUGUCGUCUCCAACUGGAGCUGCAGCAGUUUACUUGCUCGGCCUCGACGCCUUCUGCGUCGCAAAGAGAAACCUGGGAUCCUUGAUGAGCAACGACAAGAACAAGAACAUUAUCCUAAAAUCGGAUACGAGCGCGUUAUUUUUAGCCACCACGAUACAGAGUGCAAUAGUGGAAUCCCCAAACUCCAACAGCUGGGUAUUUCGCUAUUGUAUUCUGUAUCGGCCGUAGUUUCGGGACACCACUUCUGCACCCGCAGACUACAACGACCACGACCUGUCAAAGGCCGUGAAGGGUCUCUCAGUUGACUACGGAGGUCACUGGCUUUCUAAGUGGGUGAAUUCCGCCAUCCAUAUUAAGGCUCAAUACAAUUCAUUUUUACAAGAGAGACGCUUCUCACACAAUUUAUUCAUUUUUACAAGACACGACUUCUCACUGUUUCAUGCCUCUUAGGAAGAUCAUUCUCAAGAAAUGGACUCCGCCCAAAGAGUUCCCCGACUCGAAACAAUACCUCAAGAACAGGUACAUGAAUGAAUGAAUGAAUGAAUGAAUGAGCUCUCACCAUUCUAAUUUUUGCGUUUCGUGAUGUGGAUGAUGCAAAUCGACUUCCUGGCGGAUCAUUUUCCGUCGAGGAAGUCUUUUUACCGAAGAAACACAAAAUGAACUACCUUUUACUAGGAGAAGCGUUGAUUACAUUCACAACAUCUCUUCAUGAUGACUACACGAACAAGGACACGAACAUUUAUUUUUAAAGCCUUGAGCAUACCUUCUACGAACUUCGUUACGUGCGAAAGCGAAUGUGACGCUAUCAAUCAAAAAACAAUUGUUAGAUGUUGUCAAGGUAAACUAAAGAUGAAGCAGCCAAGAGAACCAAAAUCAAUUUCUAUUUUAAAUAAAGAACCCGGAGGCCCAAAGAAAC